ACACUAUCACAGUGGUCUUUUCUCGUGCACCCCAAAAAAGGAGUGAAAUAAGCGGGAAAGAAAAAAAAAGGAUGAACAAGCGGCAAAGCGGUGGCGCAGCAGCCGGUACUCCAGCAGCUAAAAGAGGUCGUCCUUUUGGCAGCGGAAGCAGUAGCAACGCUGCUUCAGCCGCGGCUGCAGCUGCCGCGUCGGCUAAUGCAGCCGACGCCAUAGCUCCGCCAACACUCCUUGGGCCUUCACUUCAUGUUCAUUAUGCUUUCGCUGAAACAAAUCAUAAAAGGAUUGUUCUGGCACUUCAAAGUGGAUUGAAGAGUGAGCUGACGUGGGCAUUAAACACACUCACUUUGAUGUCAUUUAAGGAGAAAGAUGAAGUCCGGAAAGAUGCACAACCUCUUGCGAAAAUUACUGGGUUGCUUGAUGCUCUACUUCAAGUUAUAGAUGACUGGCGUGAUAUAGCUUUACCGAGGGUGCUUGUGAAGACACCACGUGUUCGACUUUUGGGUGCAAAUUCAGCUGUUACUGGAUUUGGAAAUGAAUAUGAGGCGUUGAACUCGGACAAUCCCUUACCCCAUCCUAGUACUGGACCUGGAUCUUCCAACAAAGAGGUAUCUGUUCUAAAGUGUGCUAACAAGCUUCGCCCUGGAGUCUGGAGUUUUGAAGAAGAUGGCCUAUUUAAUUUGGAUGAGGAGGGGCGGGCUGAGAAGCAGCUCUGUGCUGUUGCUGCUUCAAACAUUAUCCGCAACUUCUCUAACAUGCCAGAUAAUGAAGUGAUCAUGGCGCAGCAUAGGCAUUGCUUGGAAACCAUAUUUCAAUGUCUCGAAGAUUAUGUUACAGAGGACGAGGAACUUGUCACAAAUGCCCUCGAGACUGUAGUGAAUUUAGCUCUACUGCUGAAUCUUCGUAUCUUUAGCUCCUCAAAACCUUCUUUUAUCAAAAUGACGGAGAAACGUGCCGUCCAGGCUCUCAUGGGAAUGCUGGGAUCUGCUGUGAAGGCCUGGCACUCUGGUGCUGCUGAAUUAAUUGGUCGUCUUAUUAUAAAUCCCGACAAUGAACCUUUCCUACUUCCUUUUGCUUCUCAGAUAUAUAAACGAUUAGUCGAUAUAAUGAGCCUACCACCUACUGAUUCUCAAGCAGCUGCUGUAGGUGCGUUAUAUAACCUUGCAGAGGUAAGUGUGGACUGUCGUUUGAAGCUGGCCAGUGAACGAUGGGCAAUUGAUCGACUGUUGAAAGUGAUUAAGGCGCCACAUCCAGUACCUGAAAUUUGUCGUAAAGCAGCAACUAUUUUGGAAAGCCUCGUGCUGGAGCCUCAGAACAAGCCGCUCCUACUAGUGUAUGAAAAUGCUUUUGCAGAGAUGCUUUUCGGGGAUCCGAGGUACUCGGACAUAUUCGCGAGGAUAUUAUAUGAACUAACAUCGCGUCCAAGCAGCAAAGUUGCAUCAGCUUGUGGUAUCUGGGGCAUGUAACCCAUGGUGCUGUCUUGGGUGGAUUUCUGCUGACAUUCUGCUGUAAAUAUUAGUUCACCUUGACUGUUUAUUAGUUAUACUUGUUUUAUGUACUCUAAUCUAGCUCUUAAAUGCAAACUUUAGUUCUAGCCA